AUGAAUAAGGAACAAGAGAAUAAAACACAAUUGAAUAAUGAAACAUUAAUGUUAAAAAUCAAAAAAAAUUUAAAUAAAAUGCCUGAAUUAUUAAAAAAAUUUCAUAAUCAAGAAGAAAAACAAUUAUCUAUGAAUAAUAUGAAAAAGGAUAAAAUGAAAAUGUUUAUGGAAGAGGCAAGAGAUCGUUUCGGUUUUUAUCCAAGUAGAAAAGAUCCAAAAUUUAUCAAAUUGAUUUAUGAAUCUGAUGAACAAAAUAAAUUAGAACGUAAACAGAAAAAGAAAUAA